GCCCGCAGCGGCAGGCACAAAGUCACGGGGUAAUGAACUUCGGGGACCCUUUGCCGCUGCGUGCGCGGCUUUCCCCGGAAACCCGGACCUCGUCGCCUCUUCCCUCGGAAGACUUCCUCGCCUUCUAGUUUUCCCACUCCGUUCUCGCGCUCUGGCCGCGGGAAUCCAUCUGCCUCUCAGACUGCGGUUGUGUGUUUUCCUCCUUUCAUUAGAAGAUCGGCGGUCUGUAGAGAUCUGCCCACGUUCUGCAUGCCUGUGUAGAGGGAGAGCUUGAAGACUGAGAGACAGGAAUGGGGAGAAAGGGGGAUUUCGCCCUUUUUGCCCCAUAGGAAGACCAUUUUCGUGUCUUCAUCUCUGUCUUUCAAUACUCCUCUCGUGCUGUCCUCUCUUUUUGCUGUUUCCCUGUCCAUCUUUCCAUCUGUCUGUCCACGCGUGUGUCUGUAUCAAGCAACAUUCCUAGCAGCCGCAGUUUUGCAAGAGCCGGGAAGAAACUCAAGGAUGCUUAAAUUUCCACGGUGGAACGAAUUCUGAGCGCCCAGGGAGCAGCGCAGCGCGCGACCGUUACCCACCUGUCCGGCCGUGGAGCCUCGCAGGCUGGAGUGCGGCUGGAGAGCAGCGGCGCCGGGCGGUGAGGCGGACGCUGCCGGGAGGGACGCGGGCAGCGCCCACCAACCGCUCCGCCCCGGGACCGUAAGCAUGAGCAAGCCGGCCGGAUCAACAAGCCGCAUUUUAGAUAUCCCCUGUAAAGUGUGUGGCGACCGCAGCUCCGGGAAACACUACGGGGUCUACGCCUGCGACGGCUGCUCGGGGUUUUUCAAACGGAGUAUCCGAAGGAAUAGGACGUAUGUCUGCAAAUCUGGAAACCAGGGAGGCUGCCCCGUGGAUAAGACGCACAGAAACCAAUGCAGGGCGUGUCGUCUGAAGAAGUGUUUGGAAGUCAACAUGAACAAAGACGCCGUGCAGCACGAACGGGGGCCUCGGACGUCGACGAUCCGCAAACAAGUGGCCCUCUACUUCCGCGGGCACAAGGAGGAGAACGGGGCGGCCACGCACUUCCCCUCGGCCACGCUGCCCGCGCCGGCCUUCUUCACCGCGGUCACACAGCUGGAGCCUCACGGCCUGGAGCUGGCAGCAGUGUCUGCGACCCCCGAGCGGCAGACCCUCGUGAGCCUGGCUCAGCCCACGCCCAAGUACCCCCAUGAAGUGAACGGGACCCCAAUGUAUCUGUAUGAGGUGGCCACAGAGUCUGUGUGUGAAUCAGCUGCCAGGCUUCUCUUUAUGAGUAUCAAGUGGGCCAAGAGUGUGCCAGCUUUCUCCACGCUGUCUUUGCAAGAUCAGCUGAUGCUUUUGGAAGAUGCUUGGAGAGAACUGUUUGUUCUAGGAAUAGCACAAUGGGCCAUUCCGGUUGAUGCUAACACGCUACUGGCUGUAUCUGGCAUGAAUGGUGACAACACUGAUUCCCAGAAGCUGAACAAGAUCAUAUCUGAAAUACAGGCUUUGCAAGAGGUGGUGGCUCGAUUUAGACAACUCCGAUUAGAUGCUACUGAAUUUGCCUGUCUAAAAUGCAUCGUCACUUUCAAAGCUGUUCCUACACACAGUGGUUCUGAACUGAGAAGUUUCCGGAAUGCUGCAGCCAUUGCAGCUCUUCAAGAUGAGGCUCAGCUAACUCUCAACAGCUACAUCCACACCAGAUAUCCCACUCAACCCUGUCGCUUCGGAAAACUCCUGUUGCUUUUGCCAGCUUUACGUUCUAUUAGUCCGUCAACCAUAGAAGAAGUGUUUUUCAAAAAAACCAUUGGCAACGUGCCAAUUACAAGACUGCUUUCAGAUAUGUACAAAUCCAGUGAUAUCUAAUUUCUGAAAGUAUCCCCUUUUCAGGAUGGGACAGUAUCAGAUGAACUUCUACCCAUGGAGAACAAGCCUCAACUAACCAAUCCUUCAGGAAGCAUAAACUUGGGAAUGUGUAGCCUUCAGGAAAAAAAAAAAAAGCCAGUCAACACAAAAUA